AUGUACCAACAGCUCCGGACGGAAUUCAACGAUUUCCGUGAGCUCAUCCUUGGCCCUGACUGUCUACUCCCCGCCCAUGAAGCGGAUACGGGAUCAGUGCCGCCCGAGGCUUCCGGUUCCGGUACCCGUCAUGAUCCCGAGGUCCCCAUGCAAGAUGUCGACAAUGACGUCGACAGAAAUGAAGACCGGGCUCCGUCCCCCGCUAUCAAAAACGACGUCGACAUGAAUCACGACCGUGCUCCGUCCGCUGCAAUCGACAACGACGUCGAAAUGGAUCACGACCGGGCUCCCUCCGCCUCUAUCACACUUCCCGAGGGAACCGAGGACGUAGCGGCCGGGAUGGAGAUGGAUUGGUCGGCGGAGAACGAGACUGGACAGGCCGACGAGAGAAGCCCAUCCCGAGGUGUGAGUCCGGUCCACGACACUCCCCCUCCUCCCAGGCUGUCCCAGCAAGCCCCACGCAGUCCAUCUCGUCUGCAAUACCACCCGUCAUCGUGGGCGAGGACUCACAUGACUCCCCGGCGGACUUGCGUCCCAGCAGCUCGAUCCUGUGGUGAACGAGCGCCCCCGGAGCCGGCGUAUGCUCCCCCGCCCCUUCCUCCCUGUGACGGCAAUGUCGCAGGCGGUAGUGAGCCCCCGCCCCCGAACUCGCAGGAUACCGUGCCGGAUUCUCAGCCACCUGUCGCCCCGUCACAGGAUGUCCUUCCCGGUACUACCCCGGCCGAGCAGCAGUCGCCAAAAGACGCCCAGGAGAAUGUCGUGGACACCCGAGCUAACGAGCCGGAUGACGAGCCGGGUAUUGGGCCACAGGGCAGGUCCGCAGAGCCGGCCAAAGCCAAGAUGGGGAACACCCGGAAUCGCCCAGUGUUACACCGAACGCGGCCGGACUCCAAGGGACUCGGACAUGACAGCGCAGCGGACCGAGCCAGCGGAUGA